AUCAACCAACCUUCAACACCACAAAGAUGGUGAUGCUACCACCACCUACGAGCCUUACUUGCUCAGGAAACGAUAGCUACAAAGAGUUAUGGCGAAGCCUCAAAACUCACUUUGACCGGAUCCCAUCUGAUGCAGAUGGCGAUAAUUUACUCGAUAUUCACCCAGCUGACUUCGAUCCUGAGGUGGUAUUAAAGCUUUUGGUAUCCAUUAAAAACUCAUUAGUUGGUAGUAGAAUACGAAAAGUCAUCACCAUGAAUGACUCACACAUCGUCUCUGUCAUACCAGUCUUAGCAUGUAUUCUGGAACUCACUGGUCAACAGCUCACAAUCAUGAAGCUGAAGAUUGAGGCAGCAGCCAUUGUUGGACUUUUGUGUUUACCUGAAGAUCAGACUGUCUUGGGUUUGUUGAGGGCUCGUCUACCUGGUGCUAUCAUCCACGCCUUGACAAGUCUGUUGAGCAAAUCCUCGAUCGAAACUAUGAUCUUCCAUCCUACCCCGACUACUCAAACCGAUCACCAUUUUCUCAAGACACUUCUCCGCACACUAUCUUCUCUCUAUGGCGUUAUUCAAGAUGUUUCAAGCUCGAGGAAAUGGGGUUACAUGACCAAGUCGCCCGAGCGUGUACAUCAACCACAACCUGGACCAAUCGUUCAUUCCCUCUCGCAAGCUGCCUCAGCAUCCUCUCCGAUUUGUGAGACAGAUCGAUUCAACCUGAAGGGCAAAGCUCGGGCGGUCGAAGAUACUGCCGAUGCAAUGUUUAUAGAUCCUUUAACAUCCCAACCACUAGAUAUCGGAGAGACGGAUGAGUUAAACCGCGAUUUUUGGCUUAUAUCAAAACGGAAUGAGAUGAAAGAAAGCUGCGAACAUGCAAAAGUUCAGUUAUUGAAAUUCUUGGCUCAAGAUGAUCUUAUCAUAUCUCUUAUCUUGACCAUCAGUCCAGCCUUCAAUCAACCCAAUACCCCUGAUCCUACUGCUCGAAUCUCGUUGUGCGCCACAGCCGACCUUGUGGUUCCAUGCCUUCAAUUAAUUUGGCUUCUUUGCAAAGAUACAAGACGACAAGUUCGGUUUGUCAGACAGUUGAUGAAAGCACAAGAUCCUAUCAAGAAUGAAGAGAGUCGAUUACAAGCUUUGGUCGGAUGUUUGAAAGCUUGGCUGGCUUCUAAUCAUGAUGGCGCUGUAGAGUCAUCAAUCAGAGUUAUCGGGGCACUCCUUUCUAUCAAUGACCCUCCUCAUUGGCCUGAAGAUCAUGAUCUUUCAGAAUAUCUCGAUACAAUGAUUUGGGGCAAGUCCGAUACCGAAGAUGUCGACGACUUUCAUCCGUGGGGGAUCGGAUGGAUCUUAUUGACAUGCCGCGCAAAAGAUGCUAGUCCCACUCUUCGAGCUGCAUUGGCCACUAGGUACGUCACCAUGAUUGAUUCUGAAGCACAAGGCAACUUGAGACUGAGUCCACCGCGAUCGUUGGACUGUCACUACGAAAUUUACGCGAAUAGCUCUGUUUGUCUAGUCAAGAAUUUCCCGGACAUUCGGCUUCGAAUUUUGAAACUUCAGAUCCAUAACGCGAUUAAUUUGAUAGAUAAUCCUACUCACUCUGUCACUGUCAGAGCAGAAGCAGCUUAUGCUCUGGCUCAUGCUGUCACAGUAUCAGAGGCACUUCAGGUACAAGCUACAGAAGCUGGCGUGAUCCCAGUAUUAAAAAAGUUACUCGACAAAGCAUCUGAACCACCGGUUCCGUAUCCCACCCCGGCAAUCUCUGCUCAAAAUGCCAUGCUACGCGAGAGUGCAUACUUGGCUCUAGCUUCAUUGAUGUCCACAUUGGACCAACCUCGACAAGAAGUGAUCGAUCUAAAUUUGUUACCUUCGAUUGUGAAGUCACUUGGAGAUGAUUCUGUAUUAGUCAGAGCCUCUGCUUGUCAAUGUUGUCGAGCAUUGUCACGAGCGAUUAGUGUUUUGAGAACGAAACUUGCAGAUGAAGGAGCUGGACCUCGGUUGUUUGACAUGGCUUUUGGAGAAGAAGGUAGUAAUGAAAAUGUGGAGUCUAAUGAUGAUGACGAAGAUGAGGAUGCAGUUGAGAUCCAAUUGAAAACAGUGGCUAUGGGAGCUUUAUGUAAUCUUGUAUUGGAUUUCUCACCCAUGAAACAGGAGGUUCUGAAUCGAAAUGGAAUUGAAAAAUUUGUUAAAUCCCUCAAGUCAACUAAACAUCAAUCAUUGAGAGUUUCAGCUUUAUGGGGAUUGAAGAACAUGACAUUUUCAUCAUCUACAGAGCUGAAGAUGAAAGUGAUUGGAAGUCUUGGUUGGGAUGUGAUCCACAAGUUACUAGAAGAUAAAAAUCCUUCUAUACAAGAAAACAUCAUCUCACUUCUACGAAACGUAGUUUGUGGUGAUGUAGCUGAUAUCGAUAUCGUCUUCCGACAUUUAACUUCACAUGAUCAAUUAAUGACUUUACUGGAAGAUCGAUUAAGUACAUCUUCUACUAAUCUGAAUACGAUGAGUAGUAGUACUAUGAGUGAAAGUAUCAUCUUACAAACGAUAUAUACGAUCUCUAAUAUCGCGACUGGUAGUGAACCUCAUAAAUUAUUUAUUCUUGGUCGUCAUCGAACUAUGAAUAGUAUAUAUGAAUUGAUGUCACAUAAGAAUUCAGAUAUUAAGAUUGGAGCUAUUUGGUGUGUUAAUAAUUUAUCACAUUGGGAUGAAGGAACAGAUUCUCAAAAUAUAUCAACAGUAAUGAUGAAAUUCAAUUCACUUGGUAUCAUUAAUAAAUUAAAUGAGUUGAGUAAAGAAGAGAAAUUAGAUGUUAGUGGUCAAGCUAAAUGUGCAUUAACUCAAAUUAGAAAAAGACGUCAAUCUUAAAACGAAAUCGUCUUCUUUCUUGUGGUAAAACUUUACACUCAAUGCAAUUAUUUAUUUAUUUAUCUUGAAAGUACAACCAAUCAUUUGAUAUGUUUUUCGUUAAGAAUUUUUCUUCAAGAUUUCGUUUUAUAAUUCAAGUAUUUUUUGAAAUUACUUUGAAUGAAUUGAUUUGUUGUUGGAUUAGAUUGGUUGUUAAGAAUGACAUAUGACUUUCUUCUCUAGAGUUAUGUAACACACAAUGUUUAGCAGAAUGAGUAUAAACUU